AAGCUUGCACAGUCACAUGUUUUAAUAUGUCAGCUGGACUCUUAUGAGUGUCACCAAAGUUCAUCAGCAAAGCCUUCAUGUUCUCACUGUGUCCCUGUCACUGUGAAUUCAAGAGCCACUCCCCCCUUUUCUCUUUGCACGUACAGUGCCACUGAGAGUAGUGGGUUUGGAGAGCAGCUCCCAGAGAGGUGGAAAGAGGGGAAAAGCUUUCAGCCAGGGCUUUUGCUUUCUUCCUGUGAUGCUGAGAGAAACCAUAAGAGGGAUGCAAGAAAGGGUAGGGAAGAGUGGGACAAAGGAAUCAGGAAGACAGAAGCAAUGUAGAGAGUGAGGUUUCAUCAGAUAAGUGGUUUAUUUUCAUUCUAGCACUUUUUCUGAUUAAGGGGUGGGACUCUGAGCUGGGAGGCUUGGCUAAAAGCUCGGAGCUCCACUUUCAGGAGCACUUUGUAAGACCAGCUUCCAGUGUGUUGGAGAGGACUUGUGGUGCCAGCAACCCAACUGCUUUGAGGCUGAGUGAAGUCUUGGUGGCAAGAUUUGAAACAGACACACCAGUCAACAUGAGCACAGCAGGAAAAGUUAUCAGAUGCAGAGCUGCUGUUGCCUGGGCCGUGGGCAAAGAACUCUCUGUCGAGGAGGUGGAGGUUGCCCCUCCAAAGGCAGGUGAAGUCCGGAUCAAGAUUGUGGCCACAGGCAUCUGUCACACAGACGAACACGUUUUGAAAGGUUGCUUUCCCAAUGUGGAAUUCCCAGUUAUCCUAGGCCAUGAAGGAGCUGGGAUUGUGGAAAGUGUUGGAGAAGGAGUGACCUCUGUGAAACCAGGAGACAAAGUCAUUCCCCUUUGCGUCCCUCAGUGUGGGGAAUGCAGCUUCUGCCUGAAUCCCGAAUCCAAUAACUGCCUGAAAUCCCAUCUCUCUGAACCACAAAACCUGAUGCCUGACAAAACCACCCGGUUCACUUGCAAAGGGAAGCAGAUCCACCACUUCGUGUGGGUCAGCACCUUUGCAGAAUACACCGUGGUCCCAGAGUACGCCGUUGCCAAGAUAGAUCCUGCAGCACCUCUGGACAAAGUCUGCUUGCUCGGCUGUGGGUUUUCCACAGGCUAUGGGGCUGCCAUCAACACUGCCAAGGUAAAGCCAGGCUCCACCUGUGCCAUCUUCGGCCUCGGAGGAGUUGGCCUCUCUGUUGUCAUGGGCUGCAAGGCAGCUGGAGCUUCCCGCAUCAUUGCCGUGGAUAUCAACAAGGACAAGUUUGCCAAGGCCAAGCAGCUGGGAGCCACCGACUGCAUCAACCCUCGAGACUGCCAGAAGCCCAUCCAGGAGGUGCUCACUGAGAUGACAGGACAGGGUGUGGACUACUCCUUUGAGGCCAUUGGCCUCAAAGAAACCAUGAUUGCUGCCCUGGCCUCCUGCAAUAUGAACACUGGCAUCUGUGUGAUGAUUGGGGUACCGGAUUCUGCUUCAGCGAUUUCCCUUGAUCCUAUGCUUCUGCUGACUGGGCGUACAUGGAAGGGGUCAAUGCUUGGAGGCUGGAAGAUGAGAGAUUGUAUCCCCAAAUUAGUUUCCAGUUAUUUGGAGAAGAAAUUCAAUUCAGACUUGCUGAUCACGCACACGCUGCCCUUCGCUAAAGUGAACGAGGGAUUUGAGUUGUUGCGGGCAGGAAAAAGUAUUCGCAGCGUCCUGCUCUUCUGAGGGACACAGCCAUGGAAAGCUGAGAGGAGGCACCAGCCCAGCAGAUGCUCUCCUGGCCCAGCCCCUUCUCAACCAGCCCCUCACCUGGUGGGGCACAAGGAGAUGACAAUAAGGAACUCGCCUAUGCUGGUGUUGCUGCUGGUCCUCCUGUGCAAGACCCAGAAG